ACUUGCCCAUCUUCUUACAAGUGGCACGAUGUCACAAGAACCUGGCCACAGCGAGCAUGCAGCAGAAGUGGAAGAUGAAUCGUUCGACCCGCUCGAUGAUCCCGAAGAACGACGUGUGCUCUAUGCCGCUCUAGACUCCUUCAGGCAAUAUCGCAAAGCAGCACACUUCAACAUCACGCAUCUCCGGCGGCAGUCAUUCUAUUCGUUGCCAGCUCCGCAAAUUGAUCUUCUGUCGUCACCUCCAUUCGACCUUAUCAAGACCUUCCAAGCUGUGGAUGCAGCCAUAGACUCCAACGCCAACAUCGCAGAAGGCAUUCUUGAGCUAGGGCCUGUAGCUUUUGGGCUUGACGGUGCAGAAGACUCAUGGCAUGGCACGGCGAAGCCUAAUGAUCUCGAUAAAGCAAGGUCUACGAUUCGACAGCUGUACAGAGACUGGUCCUAUGAAGGUACGCCAGAGCGGAAUGCUGCGUUCUCGCCAUUGCUAGAUGCGCUUUCACGCCAUCUGCCAGCUAGCCCAGCUCAGCGUCACCACAAUCGUGUCCUCGUACCAGGAGCGGGUCUCGGCAGACUCGUCUUCGAUACUUGUGCGGCAGGCUACACAGUUGAAGGCAAUGAGAUUUCCUAUCACCAACUUCUGGCAUCCAACUACAUCUUGAACUGCGUUCAACAAGCUGGCAAACACAAACUCUUUCCUUGGGCACUAGGCUUCAGCAACCACCUCACGCGAACCUCCCAAUUGCAAUCUGUGGCAGUACCGGAUAUCAGCCCUCCGGCCACACUAGAAGAGGCACAAGCCGAGACAAAAUCAGAAGUGCACUACAGUGAGCGAAUGUCAAUGACUUCAGGCGACUUCUGCGUCCUCUACAAGAAGCCCGAAUACCAAGGAGUCUUCGACGCAGUGACGACCUGCUUCUUUAUCGACACUGCACCGAAUGUCAUCAGCUAUAUCGAGACCAUCAAGAACUGUUUGAGGACAGGUGGCUUCUGGGUUAAUCUGGGGCCUCUGCUGUGGCACUUUGAGUCUGCACCUACUCCCGCUGAGCGGGACAAGCAAAGAGGUAGGACUGUGAGCGGAGCGGGAAGUGGUGAUGAUGGCAUUGGAGAGCCAGGCUCGUUUGAGCUGUCGAAUGAUGAAGUAGUCGCUCUAGUGAAGCAUUAUGGAUUCGAGAUGGUCGAGCAGAAACAGGCGAGUCCAACCGGAUAUAUUCAGGAUCCGGCGAGUAUGCUCCAAAACGUAUAUCGGCCAGUGUUCUGGGUUGCGAGGAAGGUAUGAGGAGACGGCCUACCGGACGGAUCUGGCAGUGAGUUGUCGUGCCUCUCUUGCCAGGGCCUCACAGAGGCGAUAUAUCAGUAUCAAAUGGAAUAACAUUCUUCGGCAAGUGCUUGCUUGGCUUUCUUGUGAAGACUCAGCGGAGGAAGCACGGCUCUAGUCUCACAAUUCGCGUUCAUCGCCUGAUCACAGUACCGUUUAGCGAUACCCCUGG